AUGUCAGUUAGAAAGAAGACUUUAUUAAAGGUCAUUAUCUUGGGCGAUUCAGGGGUUGGAAAGACAUCGUUGAUGCAGCAGUUUGUUAAUAAGAAGUUUUCACAUCAAUAUAAGGCAACAAUUGGGGCAGACUUUUUGACCAAAGAGAUUACCAUUGACAACAAGCAAGUAACUUUACAAAUAUGGGACACUGCUGGCCAAGAAAGGUUCCAAAGUUUAGGAGUGGCCUUUUAUAGAGGCGCUGAUUGCUGUGUCUUAUGUUAUGACGUUACAAAUGAAAAGUCAUUGAACAAUUUGACUUCCUGGAAGGACGAGUUCUUGGUACAGUCAAAUGUUUCGAAUCCUCAAGACUUUCCGUUUAUUAUAAUAGGUAAUAAGAUUGAUGUUGAUGAAUCUAAGAAGAUACCUUCCUUACAGAAGAAAUUAGCAAAUAUCACAAAUAAUCAGCUCGGAGGAUUGAAUUAUCCUGUUUUCGAAACAAGUGCAAAAGACUCCAUUAACGUUGAAUCAGCAUUUGAAGUGAUUGCCCAGAUGGCGUUACAACAAGAAGAGUUAAAUGAUGCCAACGGAAACGAUGUAAGCGAUGACUACAACGAUGCAAUUAACAUCCACUUGGAUAGCGACCAAAGCGGAUGUGCUUGUUAG